UUCGGGGCUUAUUCAACACUAUAUUAUUUUCCACAGCACCGCACUGAGUUGCACGUGUUUAUUUUGAAUUAACAAUUUCGAAGCCAGAAUAUGAGUGACGAUCAUAAAAAUGUUGAAAUGGAGGUGGUCGAGCCUGAGGACGCAGAGAGUGACGAUGAGGACAGUGAUAGUGAUGCGACCGACGAGAAGCAGGCCAGAGAAGUAUAUUUGCCGGGGAAGAAACUUGCUGACGACGAGGAGCUGGUCUGCGAUGAAAGCGCAUAUCUGAUGCUGCAUCAGGCCUCGACUGGAGCGCCCUGCUUGAGUUUUGACAUUAUCCCCGACGAACUUGGUGACAGUCGGGAAUCUUUUCCAUUGACUGCUUACGUUGUGGCUGGCACUCAGGCGGACCACAAUCAUUCGAACAACUUGAUCGUGAUGAAGUUAAGCAACUUGCAAAAAACUCAGGACGAUGAAGAUGAAGAGGAGGAAUUGGAAGACGAUCAGGAUGACGUGGCCGACCGCUUGGAGCUCAAGAAGCCGCUGAUGAGCUGCGCCCUAAUCAAACACCAGGGAUGUGUUAACCGUGUACGGGCCCGCCGAUUGGGGAACACAGUGUAUGCGGCUUCUUGGAGUGAACUUGGAAAGGUCAACAUUUGGAACUUGACACAAGCGCUGCAGGCCGUCGAGGAUGAGCAGCUAGCUAAACAGUAUGAACAGAACGCGACACGGCCGGUUUAUUCGUUUAGUGGGCACAGAGAGGAGGGCUACGCCUUAGACUGGAGUCCUAUUGCCGAGGGAGUUUUGGCUACUGGAGAUUGCCGUCGAGAUAUUCACAUAUGGAGUCCCCUUGAAGGCGGCACUUGGAAAGUCGAUCAGCGUCCUUUGGUGGGACAUAAUCAGUCCGUCGAAGACCUGCAGUGGAGUCCCAGCGAGCGCAGUGUUUUAGCUUCUUGCUCUGUGGACAAGUCAAUCCGCAUAUGGGAUUGUCGAGCUGCUCCACAGAAGGCCUGCAUGCUGACCUGUCAGGACGCCCAUGAGAGCGACAUCAAUGUUAUUUCGUGGAAUCGUUCCGACCCAUUUAUCGUAAGUGGGGGCGAUGACGGAUUUUUGCAUAUUUGGGACUUGCGUCAGUUUAAGAGUCAGAAGCCCAUCGCCACAUUCAAGCACCACACAAGCCACAUUACGACAGUAGAAUGGAGUCCCAGGGAAGCGACUGUUCUGGCUUCGGGAGGUGAGGACGAUCAGAUAGCUUUAUGGGAUUUGGCAGUCGAAAAAGAUCUGGACCAGACGCAGGAUUCCGAACAAAACGAGGACGAAAUAAACAAUCUUCCGCCGCAAUUGCUUUUUAUUCAUCAAGGUCAAAAGGAGAUUAAAGAGCUGCACUGGCACCCCCAGCUUCCAGGAGUGCUGUUGUCCACUGCCCACAGUGGAUUUAAUAUUUUCAGAACCAUUAGCGUAUAAAUACAAAACAGACUCAAUAAAAUUUGGAAAUAUUUUGUUGUAAA